AAAUUUUUCGUUUUCCAGUUCAUUUUCAUUUCUAAAUUUCUUUGAAAAAUCUGAUUUUUGCGUUUCUGUUUAGUCAAUCAGAAACGAAUUUAAGACGACAAGUAUUUUUUUUUUUUUUGCAAUUGUAUCUGAUUGGCAUCUGAGGUCGAGUACGUUAUAAGGGAGGAAGAGGAGGAGGUUGAUUUGAACGGUGUAAUUUUUUCUUUUGAAUUUUAGGAAUUUAGAUUUUGAGAUAUCGGGGUUGGGUUAAUUUUAAAUUUAAGUUUAUAGUUGUUUUAAUUAUGGGAUUAGGGAGUAAAGGUGGGGUGGUGGACGACGGUGAUGGAGGUGGUGGUGGUGGUGCUGCUGAUGGGAGCGAUGGUGUUGAUUGCGAAAAUGGAGGGAAGUCUUUCGGUUCGGUUUUAUGCUCGAUUUGCCUUGAAAUGGUGACUGAUAAUGGAGAUCGAUCGUGGGCUAAGCUUCAAUGUGGGCAUCAAUUUCAUUUGGAUUGCAUUGGUUCAGCAUUCAACAUAAAGGGUGCAAUGCAAUGCCCUAAUUGUAGGAAAAUCGAAAAAGGUCAAUGGCUUUAUGCCAAUGGUAACCGUUCAUAUCCGGAAUUUAUUGUGGAUGAUUUGACACAUGAUGAAGACCUUUAUGAUCUAAGCUACUCUGAAAUGUCGUUUGGAGUUCACUGGUGUCCGUUUGGAAGCUUAGCACAACUUCCUUCAUUCGAGGUAGGAGAGUUUUCAUCAACCUCAUAUCACGAGUUACUGGGACAGCAAGCCAUCUUUGCCGAGCAUUCAGCAUCUGCUGGUCAUCCAUGUCCAUAUGUAGCUUACUUCGGGCCAACUAUUCAUCCCUCAUCCUCAAAUUCCAGUGGAAGUAUUUCAGACAGUCCUACUUUCACUCACUGGAAUGGUCCAUCAGUGCCUAGUGAGAUGCCUACGUCUUAUGCUUUUCCUGCCAUGGAUCUCCAUUAUCACAGUUGGGAGCAUCAUCCCCCUCCAUUCUCCACAUCAAGCAGUCGAGUUGGUAGUUCUGAUCUACCUUCAAAUCCGCCCAUCAGUCAAAGGUCCACCAGGAGUAGUUCCGAUAUGCCAAGACCAGGAUCUUUUAUGCAUCCAUUUGUUGUCGGCCACAGUUCUGGUGCAAGAGCAGGGAGUUCGGUUGCUCCCUCGUUGAUCCCUCCUUACCCUGGUAGCAAUGCUCGGGCCCAUGAUAGAGUUCAAGCUCUCCAGGCAUAUUAUCAACAACAACAUCCUAGCACUUCGCCAGGCAUACGGACACCCAUUAUUUCCGGCUCCCGAAGAUCAAGCAAUCACAGAAGUCAUGUCCAAGCUGGACCAGCAGCCUCAUCAUCUGACCAGGUGGGUGGCUUCUAUUUCAUUCCAUCUGGCACAUCCGGCCGUAACUUUCAGGAAGCAGAAAAUCCUCCAACUCGGUUCCAUGCAUGGGAAAGAGAUCACUUUCCUCCAUUUUCACUAAACCAGGUUGACAGAGAAUCCGGUUGGAGCACAUUCCAUCAAUCUGCUGCCGGUGCAUCAGAUCCCGGUGUAAGAUCCAGCAGCUUCCGCCAGAGGCACGGAUCCGAGAGGACGCAAUGAAAAAAAAAAACUUUCGUAGUUUAUCUUUCCUCAUUUACACCCUUAUUGGGUGAAGCAAAAACUACCCUACUGUGAAUGAAACCGAAAUGUUUAUGUAUGGUUUGAGAGACGGAUAUAUGGGUGAAAACUAUGAUGUGGCUCCGAAAACAAUCAUUUUGGUAGCCGCAUGGUGUUUGUGCUGCACUUGGCUUCCUCUCCUAUGCUUUGGUUUUGAGGCUUAUCAAUUAUUUGAAAAUAAAAAACCGAAUGUUGGAUAGUA